CAAGCUGUUGGCCGUCAUUGAACUUGGAGUCACAGUCGAAGUGUUUGAAUUCAAUUGCAAUGGAGCAGAAACCACCAGUACGGAAGAUGAAGUUUGCCCCAAAAGCUCCACCCAAACGUGUGCCAAAACCUGAAGUUAAACCUGAAGUGGUUGAGGAUAAUAGUAACAGUGCACAAGCAUCGGAAUUGCUACGCAGAGUUAAUGAAAGAUCAUUGCGCAAGCCAAAAGCGGACAAGAAAGUUCCUGCUUCUCAAGUUGCUUGGUUGGGGGGAGUGGUGAAUUCAACCAGAUCAAAUAAGUACCUCAAUAGAUCAAAUGGUGCUUAUGGAUCAACCUCUACUCAGGAGAUAGAGUAUAAAGAACCAUGGGAUUACUACAGCUAUUACCCUAUCACACUUCCAAUGAGGAGACCGUAUGCAGGAGAUCCAGAGGUUCUUGACGUGGAGGAGUUUAUGCAGGCUGGAGGACAUCAUGAAGAUUCACUUAACACAGCCGCUAAUCUCGGUCUAAUGGAGGAUAGUGGAGAACAGAAAAUGUUUUUUAUGAGGCUACCUUCUGUUCCUUUGGCAUCAACACCAACAGAAAACCUUGAAACAAGGCCAAAUAUCAAAGGCCCCGUUGAGAAGAAGACUGUUGAUUUAAAAGCCUUGCCAGAAGGUUACAUGGGCAAACUGUUAGUCUACAAAAGUGGUGCUGUCAAGAUGAAACUUGGGGAAGUGCUUUAUGAUGUGAGUGAUUCUUUUUCCGUUUACUAAGUAUUCUAUGACCAUAGAUCCUGCAAUAUGGUUUUUACCGGGCAUAAUACUAGCUAAUAUCUAGUAGGGGUGUUCAAUCCAUGUUUUUGGUUUUACGGGUUUGGUUCGGAUACAGAAAAAGUGAAACCAUUUUAAUCGUAGUAAAAGUCUAACUCGGAUUUGUGAUGGGAUGUUGUAGGUAAGCCCAGGGUUGAAGAGCGAGUUUGCACAAGAUGUGAUGGUGGUUAACACAGAGCAGAAGAACUGUUGUCUGGUUGGAGAUGUGUACAAGCAUGCAGUUUUGACUCCUGAUAUUGAUUCAAUCUUGAAAGAUAUCGAAAAUAUAUGAUAUUCUUUAACUAUUUUUGUUCCAUCAAUUUUUUCAUUCUUUCUUUUUUUUUUUUGGUAGUUUGUUUUCAUUCUUCUUCAUUCAUAGUUUUUUGACAUUGAGAAAGAAAUAAAAAAAGAGUUUUGUUUUA